AUGUUUUUUCCAACGUUCUACCUGUUUACGUCCCUAGGAGGAGUCUUUGCGGCUUCCAUCGCCACUCGAGCCGUCAAUACAGAGCAGGUCGACAUAAGUUGGGUCGGGCUCAAACCUGAAUACCUUAGCGGCGUCACUUUUGGGGUGCCUUGGCCUCGAGGAAAGUUUAGUUCCGAGGAAACUGAAUUCAGGAUCUCUACUGGCCCAUCCCAAUCGGAGCUUCAGUCAUGGGUGACUGGAUACUGGCCGGAUGGGUCUAUCAAGUGGUCUGGUCACGCACUGCCGGCAUCUUCACCGGUUCCAGACGGCUAUACCAUCUCCGCCUCUGGUCCUGGUAUUGACAACUCGACAACACACAACAGGGCUGCCGGGCCUGAUAGGCGAGAGGUCGACAUGAUGGGGACAGACUCUGGCGACGAAAUUAUUGUUGAUACAGGCAAGAUCCGUGUCAAGUUUCCAAAGUCUGGCCCGGCCCUCAUCGGUUCUAUCGAGACCGCGGGUGGCAAAAUCGUCGGCCAGAAUGGGAAAUUAAUCGUUCGAUCUCUCAACAACAUUCAAGACCUCGAGGAUGAGCAUGCGAAACACCAAGAUCUCAAGACUUAUGAGUGCAUUGGUCGUGUGACAGAAUCAACUAUCGAGAAAGACAGCUCCAUUCGGGCCUUGGUUACUGUUAGAGGUCUGCACCAUUCGAACCGAGAAGGCUUGUUUCGCGACUAUCACAAGCCUUGGGUGCCCUUUGUGGUCCGUUUCUACCUUUACAAGGAUUCGGAAGCUAUUCGUAUGGUUCACUCAAUUGUAUACGAUGGCAACUCGGACCAUGACUUUAUCGCCGGUAUUGGCAUCCAUUUUGAUAUUCCUUUGGCCGAUGAGGAACUCUACAAUCGACACAUUAGGAUCGCAGGGCCCGAUGGUGGUUUCCUCAGUGAAGCUGUCAAGGGUAUCACGGGGCUUCGGAGAGACCCUGGAGCGGCGGUCCGGCAAGCUCAAGUCGCUGGCAGAAAGACGCCGGAUGCUUCUACGUGGGAUAGCCGCGUUACCUCGAGACUACACUGGAUCCCCGCCUGGAGCGACUACAGGUUAACUCAGCUAUCACCCGAUGGAUUCAACUUGAAAAAGCGUACAGCGCCGGGACAGAGUUGGGUCAAGAUUUCUGGAGCCACUCGAGCAGGAGGGCUUGCAUAUCUUGGCGGCCCAACAGUGGGAGGUCUUGCUGUUGGUCUCCGAGAUUUCUGGAAAAAAUAUCCCACAAGUAUUGAUAUUUCCAAUGCUGCUCACGAUUUGGGAAGCAUCACUCUCUGGUUGUACAGCCCGUCAGCCGAGCCAAUGGACUUGCGCCCAUAUCACGACGGGUUAGGUCAGGAUACCUACGAGAAGCAAUUGGAUGCUCUCGAAAUUACAUACGAGGAUUACGAGCCAGGGUGGAAUACCCCUUACGGAAUAGGCAGAACAAGCGAGGUCUAUAUCUAUGGAUUUGAAUCAACGCCUAGCCAGGACAAACUCGCCAUCUUGGCCAACCACACUAAUGAGCCACCUGUCCUGUACUCAUCGGCCGAGAAGGUACGUGAGUCCAAGGCCCUGGGUGACUUCUGGAACGUUCCAGGAGCCACUACCACGACUACUGCCGCCGCGACCAUUGAGAGCAACCUCAGGUUCCUCACCAAUCAUUACCAGCAGGAGGCAUUGACCCGUCGUUUCUAUGGCUUCUGGGAUCACGGUGAUUUCCAUCAUACAUAUGAUUCAGACAGACACACUUGGCGUUAUGAUGUCGGCGGUUACGCGUGGGACAACUCAGAAAUCUCACCUGACAUCUUCUUCUGGUACCAGUUCCUGCGUACCGGCGACAUUGGUCUCUACCGCUUCGCUGAGGCUCAGGUUCGUCAUGGUAGCGACACAGAUACGUAUCAUAUUGGCGAUUUCAAAGGUUUAGGUACGCGCCAUGGCGUUCAGCACUGGGGAGACAGCUCCAAACAAAUUCGCAUUUCGACACCUAUUUACCGUCGAAUAUUCUACUUCAUUAGCGGCGGAGACGAGCGUAUCGGUGAGGUUAUGCACGAAGUCCUCGAUGCUGAGCAAUCCUUCCUCAACGCCGACACAGGCCGCAAGGUUCGCGACCCUAACACACCCUAUACUCCGGAUCCAACGCGCUUGUCAUUAGGAGUUGGUACAGAGUGGUCCAACUUGGCCAUGGCAUUUUUGAUUGAGUGGGAGCGCCGCGGACCGAGGUGGCAGGAGGCUCGCACUAAGCUCCUAAAGGGUGCCAAUGGCAUUGCCAAGCUUAAAUUCGGUCUCGUCAGUGGCAGUUUGCUUUACAAUUCAAGGACCGGCGAUGUAAAGCCCCCGUUAGACGACCCCGACAAUGAAGGAAGAGUGGGUGUCGGCAGUCUCCAAGGUUCGUUCGGCAUGCUUGAGACACUAAUACAGUUCCUUGACCACGUGGCUGGUGAUGUACCUGAUGGCUUAAAGGACGCCCUGCUGGACUAUUGCUAUUACUACGGCGCGGGCUCAGCUGAGCAGAGAUCACGCUAUGGAGAAACUUUUAGUGUCAACCUACGUCAGGGUCACUCUAAAUUCAGCGCCUACUCGGCACACGAAAAGAACAACGCGACUACGGCCGCCCGCGCCUGGAGAGAGUUCUUCAACAGCGAUGGAUUCAAAGCCAGCCAAACUUGGAAUCCCACGGUUAUCAACAAUAGCUCUGUACUGGUUCCAAUUGUCGAAGCCGCAUGGAUUAGUUCAAAUAGCCUUGCUCUGUAUGGAAUGGCGGCGAUUGUAAACUUGGCCUUGAUCGGGGACCAACUUCAAGAUAGUUGA